AUGGCGGCAGGUAGCGGCGUCGGGGCCCGGGCGCCUGCAGGGCUCCUGGUGCCUGUCUCGGCAGUGUGGCAGAACCCCUACCUGAACGUCUUCAAGCACUUCAAAGUGGAGGAGUGGAAGCGGUCCACGAAAGAGGGGGAUGUGACGACCUUCAUGGACAAGACACUGAAGGGAACGGUGUUUCGGAUCCGAGGCUCCAUUCCUGCUAGUAACUACAUUCAGCUUCCAAAGACCAGCACGCAGUCGCUGGGCCUCGUGGGGCGUUACCUCUACCUGCUGUUCAGGCCUAUGCCAAACAAAUACUUUGUUGUGCAUCUGGAUGUUACUACAGAGGACAACCAGGUGGUUCGCAUCUCUUUCUCCAACCUAUUUAAGGAGUUCAAAUCCACAGCUACAUGGCUUCAGUUCCCCUUCAUCUGUGGAGCACCCAAAGGGUCAAUUUAUGAGAGCACAGCCAAGACAUCUAAGCAAGAUCUAGUGGGAGCAGCACCUGCCAAUGUGCGCUGGACCUGUCUGAUGCUUGAUCUUCAUUACAUCCUCUCCAUGUAUCUCAACCGACGUUACAGCCAUCUGAAGAGUGUCAAGCUCUGCUCCAACCUACUUGUGAAAAAUCUCUGCACAAGUGACUUGCUGUUUGACCCAAGUGUGACUUUCUCUGAAGCCCGACAAGCUAACUUGGCUUGCCAUGGUAUGUCUCCCAUGCCCCGGGAAAUGGCAUUCCCUGUGCCAAAGGGAGAGAAGUGGCAUGACUGCUACGACUAUAUCAGGUUUCCAUCUGACGGGUCCAAACUGCCAUAUGACUCGAUCCAAAAGAGCUGUUCCAGUCCUGCAACAGGUGGCCAAGGUUUGGAAGAUGCGUAUCACCAGCUGCCCCAGCCGGUAACACUUACAAAAGCAGUCCGUGACCGUCUGUCCCUCAUCCAGCAGAUAACCAGUCCCAAAGCUAUGCCACGUCGGUGUCCUCUAAUUACAAAAAGCAUUCCUGAGGUUCACCUAAAAGCCCCAGGACCUCUGGAAGUCAUGCAUGCUGGGGAGCAGGAGACAAGCGAACGAACUACCCAUGCUGUCAACACUAGCUUGGAGGAGAGUGUAUACACAACGGUCACUGGACCAGAUGUGCUGUCUGGUAGGAGAGCCUCUCACUGCAGGAGGCUUUUACCGGAUCCAAUCCUGAAGCUGAGGAUGAUUAUUGGCUUUGGAGGUUGCAGCACCAAAUGGGCACUGUGGACUCAGAAUAACUCUGCAGUGGUCUACCCCUGCCAUGCUGUUAUAGUGACCAUGCAGAUUCAGACUGGAGAACAGAGGUUCUUCAUUGGACAUACAGAUAAGGUGUCAGCACUGGCAUUCAAUGGAAACAGCACCUUGCUGGCUUCUGCACAGACAGGCCCCUUGAGCGUUGUGCGCCUCUGGGAAUUUCCAAAGGGGAACUGCUUGUCAGUAUUUAAAACUCAUGUCCGGUCACUCACAUCCCUGAGCUUUUCCUACAGUGGAGCAGUUCUUUGUGGCAUUGGAAAGGAUGGACAUGGCAAAAUGAUGGUCAUAGUGUGGAACACUGCUCAGGUGACCCGUGGCAGAGAGGUAGUUGUGCUGGCCAAAGCACACACAGACGUGGACAUCCAGACUUUGAAGAUUGCUUUUUUUGACGAUACCAGUCUCUUGUGUAACAGGAUGGUGUCGUGUGGCAGGGACAACGUGAGGCUGUGGCGAGUGCGGAGUGGAGCGCUGCGCUCGUGUCCUGUGAAUCUGGGCGAGUACCAUUCCCUGGAGUUCACCGAUCUGGCCUUCGAGGAGGGGCACUCAGCGGAGCGGGAGCCAGAGGACCGCACGCUCUUUGUCUGCAGCAAGAGCGGUCACAUACUGGAAAUAGACUACAAGAAUGUCUGCAUCAGAAGUGCCCGGCAGCUCCUGCCAUCCCAGCCCUGUCACCAGCAAGAAAAACAAACCUGCAGUGCAGGCCCUGGGAUUGCUAUAAACAGUAUUAGUGUCUCCUCAACAUUCUGUGCCACGGGAUCAGAAGAUGGUUAUCUGCGGCUGUGGCCACUGGACUUCUCUGCUGUCAUCUUAGAGGCAGAGCAUGAGGCUCCAGUGAGUUCUGUCUGCAUCAGUCCAGACAGCCUCAAAGUUCUGUGCACAACCACCACUGGGAAUCUGGGUUACCUGGAUAUAGAGUCUCGAGACUAUAACACCCUCAUGCGCUCUCACACGGAUUCUAUUUUGGCAUUUUCUGUGGAGGGAGUUCGGAAGCAGAUGGCAACAGUCUCUCAGGAUAACACCAUCCGAGUCUGGGACCUCAUGACCAUGCAGCAGCUGUAUGACUUCACAGCUGCAGAUGAAAUGCCAUGUGCUGUGGCCUUUCACCCUACUCAGCAGAUCCUUGCCUGUGGCUUUGACAGUGGGAUGGUGCGAGUCUUCAGCUUGGCUGCCUCUGAUCUCCUAGUGGAACACAAGCAACAUCGUGCUGCUGUCACUGGUCUGAUCUUCUCUCCAGAUGGCAAUUUCAUGUUCAGUUCCUGUUCACAGGGAACUUUGGCUCUUUACAACUCUGCAGUACAAAAAAGCCAUGUCCUGAGAGUCUUGGGUAACGUGGUGGUCCGGAAUGCUGGGAGUGGUCCUGAUGCCUUGGUGCUUAGUGAGGACAGCCAUCUCCUGGCCUUUGUGGGUCCUACUAAGUUCAUUGUGACCGUGAUGGAGGCCUGCUCCCUCAAUGAGCUGCUAAAGGUGGAUGUCAGCAUCUUUGAUUUGGAUAGCACAGCCCUGGACUCUGCAGUGAGGAUCUGCUUUGCUCCUGUGUCUCAACGCCAGCUCCUGGUAUCCACUUCUUCCAGUAAAAUCCUUGUGCUUGAUGCAAAAAGUGGACGACUGGUGCGAGAGGUGCCUCCUGUGCACAAGCUGUCCUGCUCUUCCUUGUCACUAAGCAAGGAUGCCAGGUACUUGCUCACUGCUGGUGACAAGGUUAUCAAAGUGUGGGACUACCAGAUGCGCUUUGAUAUCAACUUCCAGGUAUACAUUGGCCACUCGGAGCCAGUGCGACACGUGGCCUUCACCCCAGACCAAGAGCAUGUUGUCAGCGUUGGAGAUGCCAUCUUCCUCUGGGAUUUCCUAGCUCUGUCUGCAGAGGGGUCACCCCCAGCUGCUGUGCAUUCUUCUAAGGCUGAUCUGCUUCCCAGAGCAGAAAGGAGCUUUGAGAAGCUCAAGGAUGCCACUGAGAUACCUCGGCAGACAGCUCCUCUGCCAUUGUUGUCUUCACCACCAUGUCUGGGUGUCGGUUCUGUCCACCAAGUGGGAUGUCGUGGUAUUUUUUCUGAGUCCGAUGAAGAGGAGGAAGCAAAUCUCCUGGGCAGCAGCAAAACAAUGGCAAAUGGAGACAAAGACCCCUCGGUCCUUGUGGUAGAGUCGGUCAGGAAUGAGGAGCCUUUUGUUGUGAGGCCCAAAGUGAAACAGGAGAGCUCGAGGUCUCCCAGUCACUCAGGAAAUGCAUCUAGAAAGGAGACCAAAGGUCCCAAAUCCCAGUGCUCCAUCCGCCCAGAUUCCUACCGGCAUUUUACUCCUCGCUUUAAAGCAUCAGUGCUCCCCCAGAGUUUCUCAUCUCCUCCCGCUGGCUAUGAGGUCUUGAAGCUAAAAGCAGUGAUCGGUUACAAUGGGAAUGGCAGAGGAAAUAUGGUGUGGAACCCAGACACAGGCUUCUUCGCCUACACGUGUGGUUGCAUCGUUGUGGUUGAAGACCUGCACUCAGGAUCACAGAAUCACUGGCUUGGCCAUGCUGAGGAGGUCUCUACACUAGCUGUCAGCCAUGAUGCCCAGGUUCUUGCCUCUGCUUCGGGACGGAGGAAUGGAGACUCACAUUGUCAGAUCUGCAUCUGGAACAUCCAGGAUGGGGUUUGCACAAGACAACUCUUCCAUCAUGAGACACAGGUGCAAGCUAUGGCAUACUCUUGGGAUGACAGAUUCCUCAUUACGUUAGGUGACUACUGUGAUCAAACUAUUGCUCUAUGGGAUACCUACACUUACGAACUCAUGUCAUCGACUCACAUCUCGGAGCCAGUCCAUGACGUGGCUUUUAAUCCUCUUUCUCAUGGAGAACUGGCCUGUGUGGGGAGGGGAGCAGUGACAUUUUGGCUGUUGGAACAGCAGGGGGCCGACAGCAACCUCAAGGUUCAUCAGGCCCCUGUCCCUGAUGCGUUAGGACUGGUGGAACUGACCUCACUGUGUUACGGUGCUGACCCUCUUCUUUAUAGUGGGACCAACACAGGCCAGAUCUGCGUGUGGGACACAGAGACUAAUCGCUGCUUCAUGACAUGGGAGGCCGACGAAGGCGAGAUUGGUGUGCUGGUGUGUCGGCACAACAGACUGGCCAGCGGCAGCAACACGAAACGCAUCCGUCUGUGGGCAGUGGCAGCCGUGGAGGAGCUAAGGCUGAAGGGUUCUGAGGCCAGGUCUAGCUCUGUCCUGCUAGAACAUGAGAUGACACUCGAUGGGACGAUAGUCAGUGCGGCCUUUGAUGACUCUCUAGAAAUGGGAAUUGUGGGCACCACCACAGGAACACUGUGGUACAUCAACUGGACUGAGAGCACGAGCAUCCGACUGAUCAGUGGACACAAGAACAAGGUUCGAUGGUCUGGGAAGGAGGUGAACGAAGUGUCCUUCAGUCCUGAUGAGACUCACUGUGCCACAUGUGGUGAAGACGGCAGCGUGAGGAUUUGGUCUCUGGGCAGCAUGGAGCUGGUGGUACAGUUUCAAGUGCUGAACCAGAGCUGCCAGUGCCUGGCCUGGAAGCCUCAGCCUGUUGGUGCCCGGGGAGCUGAGAGCCAACAUGUAGUAGCAGGGUACAGCGAUGGCACCAUCCGUGUGUUCAGCAUUUCCAGGACGGAGAUGGAGCUGAAGAUGCAGCCCCAUGCUGUUGCGCUGACAGCAGUUGCCUACUCCACAGAUGGAGAAAUCAUCUUAUCAGGGGGCAAGGAUGGACUUGUGGCUGUCAGCAGCCCUCGCACUGGAAUGACAGUUCGCAUCCUCACUGACCACAAAGGCUCCCCCAUCACGGUCAUACAGUGCACUGGGAAGCAGUACUAUGACUUCGGGGUGGAAGGCAGUGAGCUCUGGCUUGCCACCAGCUCGGACCGGCGGGUCAGUGUCUGGGCCUCUGACUGGCUGAAGGAUAAAUGCGAGCUCCUCGACUGGCUCAGCUUCCCUGCUCCUGCAGUCCCUGAGGGUCUCAGCAACCUCCCUCCGAGCCUGGCAGCAUUCUGCCCUUGGGAACAUGGUACUCUGGUUUACGUUGGCUUUGGGAUGCAGAAGGAAGCCUUGUUUUACAGUCUGCACAAAAAACAGGUAGUUGAGAAGAUCUCCUUGCCGUACUUUGCCGUGUCACUGAGCCUGUCUCCUGCAGCUCGCUUUCUAGCUGUUGGCUUCAGCGAACGCCUCCUGCGGCUGCUGCGCGGCGCGGCGGGGACGGAGCAGGACUACGCCGGGCACGACGACGCCGUGCACCUGUGCCGCUUCGCGCCGUCGGGCCGGCGCCUCCUCACGGCCUCCUGCAGCGCGGUCCUCGUGUGGGAGACGACGGGCAGAUGAGGCCGAAGGCCGCCUGCGGCCCCGGCCGCCCCGCGGGGCGCCGCGCCCGCGUUUGCGCUUGGUUUUCGGUAAUUAAUAACAGGAGCAAUAAAGAGCGAGCUGGGCCAAGG